AUGGCGCCAGGCAAAAACAUACCACCGUCAUCUCCUGUAUCAAAAAAGGCUACCCCUGCAUCAGACCACUAUGAAUCUUCUAAGGUACGUCGAACCGCUAAAUCACCCAUAACUUAUACAGACAUGGUUGACGCAAUUAAGUCGACAAUUGGUCCACUCCUUACACAAGCGGUCUCUGAAAUAACUUCACAAUUACAACAUCUGUCGCACAGAGUCAGUGAUGCUGAGAAUAAUAUUGGCAUACUUUCCCAUGAUAUGACUUCUGUUCAAAUGGCUACGGCCAGCCUUGAAAAGGAAAAUUACCAGCUUUUACGAAAGAGAAGCAGCACAGCCAGGCCACAUCCCACACUGCCAAGAGAUGCAGAUGGUGCCAAUGCAGGUUCUUCUUCGGCAAAUCCCCCUCCACUAAGGUGCCCAUCACAGGGCUCGGAUCCUCAACAUAGGAGGCAAACCAAGAGACGCCGUCUUGAGGCUAAAUCACCAGCAGCAUCCUCACCACCCCAACGGCGCAUCUCCAUAGUGUCGGCCCUGCCACCACAAGGCAUUUUGGCCAGCCCACAAAGCGAGGAUCCUCAAUCCCCUCAGCUGUCUGAACCACCCCUCAUGGCCGAGGAUUCCCAGCAGGAAAGUGACCAGCAGGAUACCUACACACUACACCUGCAAGCCAUAGAUCCUACCGAGACAACCACGCCGCAGGACAUACCCCAACCACCCCAAACAUCCCACAGCCCCCAAUUGAGCCCAACACCACCCCAGCAAAUGGCCCCCGAGUUUUGGAGCAGUUGGGCCACACAACAGGCGCAACACUAUGCGUGCCUGAACACCCACACCCAAUACCACGCCAGUCUGCCCCAUCAUCUGCCGCGACUCAGUCGUAACUCAGGCAGACUGAUAGUUCAGGUUGGCAGAAUUGCCAAUUCAAUGGAGCAGAUGGGGGCAGACAACACCCAAAUGCAAGCCAAUCUGCAACGCAUCAUGGAACAGCGGCAGCAACAACCCUCAUUCAACUGAUUCAACACAACCAAAUGAUUAACAAAAACCUGUCCAGAAUUAUUGCAAGCAACACUGCCGCUAAUAGCCAACUCACUGCAAGCCUAAAUAACCUGAGCCAAAGCCUUAAUGUGUUGGCAUCACACCAUCUAAGCUCUAGCUCGGGAACAACUACACCAAGCCAGACCCCAGUUACCUCCCCAGUUAGACGCUCCAGCAGAACCCGGAUCAACGAACCAGGGCAAGCCUCUGCACCCAGCACACACAAAAAAUA